AUACUGUUCUUUCUUCUAAUAAUUCCACAUGCCAAAAAGAUCGUAAGUCGCAAACUCAAAGCCGCAUCCCUGAUUUUGCGAGAACGAUGGAUUUGUUUGGCCUCGUUGUGAAACUGUUUCAUCGUCUCUGGAACUGUCUCUCUGUUUGGUGACCCGCCGUGCCGCACCCCACGCCACCUUUCAAACCAGUCUCCCAACGGAAAGAGACACCCCCGACUCAACACCCCUCCCCCGUGCCGUGCCAUGCCGGUUCCCCCGGAUCCCAGAGACGGCCCGGGCGGCGGAAGAAGCCGGGAAGGCUUCCCCCCCGGACGCGACAGCGACAGCGACACCGACACCGGCGAAACCCCCGCCGUCCGGUGGGUACAACUCUUGGCCCCCUCCGACCUGCCGGGGGGCUACGAGCUAGACGUCUUCUGCGACGGCUUGGUGGUUGCGGCGGUGGUUCCGGAGGGCGGGGUCCGGGCCGGCGAGGCCUUUUCGGUUCCCUUCUUGCCCCCUUUGGAGGCCCUCGCGGUUCUUGUGCCGGGGGCCGGCGAAGAAGGACAGAGCGGGGGGGAAACAGAAACAGAACCCACCGAGGCGACCCGCCUUCUGCUUCCGGAGAACGGCCCCGGUGGCGGAGAAAGCCGGGGGGAACCCCUCGGUGCCGAGGCGAGUGGCCAACGCGGUGGUGGAGGCUGCUGCUGCUGUUGCUGCUUCCGGAGGUGCUAGCCUGUCCAGCCAGCGAUGGAUCGAGAGGCGAAACGAGGGGAUACAAUCCGAUGCAAUGCAAUACAAUACAAUACAAUCCGAUGCGAUGCGAUGAACCGGUGUGCCCUUUGAUGCAAUGCAUCACAGCGUUGCGAUUCCUUUGGUGUCCAGGGGAGGCCCACGACGCGUGCAAGGCCCUUCCAAGUGCCUAGAAAGGAAAAAAAAAUACACAAUGGACGGAACAAGAGAAAGGCCAGGCGCUCGUGUCACGGGAUGGCGCCAAAGCCAGCAUUGCAUGCAAGCUAUGGAGGAUAAGACGGCGAGGCAGCAAUCGCACCCCCUCCCGCGCGGGAAAAACUGCAAGAAUUAUUAGGGCUACCACUGGACGGAAGGAUCCUCCUGUCGAUGUAUGCCGCAUGGGACAUUUUAUUC